AUGAAUUCUUCAUUCGAAUAUAAUUCAUGUCGCUGCCCUAGUCGUUGCAGUAUAAGUGGAAGUAAUUCUUCAAUUUCUACUGUGUCCCAACAAAUUAAUGGAAAUAGAAGCUUUCCAAGACGAAUUUCUUUUCAUACCUUAGAACAAUAUUCACCUCUAACUGAACAUCACCGCAAGUUAUCGUUCACAACUGCUCUACAAAAAACUAAGCAAGGCUUGGGGAAUUUAUUUGCUGAUGAUGAACAAUCACCUGAAGAUCUUAUUCAUAAUUUAUUUAGAGUCCCGAAUAAAUCAGAUGCUUAUAUUGGGAAAUUAAUUAUUGUGUUGAAAAAUCAUGGACUUCAAAAAAAUGAUCCAAGAUUUGCUCCAAUGAUGAGAAAAAUAAGUGAAAUUGAAAAUGAAAAGGAAGAAAAAAGUAAUGAAGCAAGAGACCCAAAACAUUGGAAACUUAGCAAAAAUGAUUUUAAACGAGUGAUUAGCGAAUCGAUGUCUCUAAUCGUGCAGACAAUUCAGGGGGAUUUGAUUGUCCCUGCUUGGGCACAUUUUACAAAAAUUAUAAAAGAAAUUUAUGAAGAGUGUAAGCCAAUAACUGAAGGAAAAGUAGCUAAUUAUAUUCCUCAACUAGCUCGAGUCUCGCCUGAGAAUUGGGGUGUUGCUAUAUGUACAGUUGAUGGUCAAAGGCAUUCCUUUGGAAAUAGCAACAUUCCUUUCUGUGUUCAAAGUGUAUCAAAAGCAUUUAAUUAUGGAAUUGCUGCAUCAGAAAUGGGUGCUGAAUAUGUACAUAAAUAUGUUGGCCAAGAGCCUUCGGGGCGUUUAUUUAAUGAAAUUUGUCUUGACUCGAAUAGUAAACCACACAAUCCAAUGGUAAAUAGUGGUGCCAUAAUUGUGACUAGCCUGAUUCAAAACAAGCUAGAUAUGGCCGACCGUUUUGAACAUAUGAUAAACGAAUAUAGAAAAAUUUCUGGAGGAGAAUAUGUUGGUUUCAAUAAUGCAGUAUUCCUCUCAGAAACAAAUACCGCUGAUAGGAAUUAUGCUCUUGCUUAUUUUAUGAAGGAGAAUGGAUGUUUUCCACCUGGAACUGGAAAUCUUAAAGAAGCUUUAGACUUUUAUUUCCAACUUUGUUCUUUGGAAGUUACAUGUGAAGGAAUGGCUGUUAUGGCUUCAACUUUGGCAAAUGGAGGUGUUUGUCCACUUACAGGAGAACGUUGUAUUGGCUCCAGACCAUGCCGCGAUGUUCUUUCUUUGAUGAACUCGUGCGGAAUGUAUGAUUAUUCUGGCCAAUUUGCUUUCCACGUAGGAUUGCCUGCUAAAUCCGGUGUUUCUGGCGUCAUGAUAGUAGUUGUUCCAAAUAUAAUGGGAAUUGCUUUGUGGUCACCAGCUUUGGAUAAAAUGGGGAAUUCAGUAAGAGGAGUAGAAUUCUGCAAACGUCUUAUACAACGAUUUAAUUUCCACAACUAUGAUUCUCUAGUUCAUAGCGAAUCUCCAAAGUUUGAUCCACGUGCGCGAGUUGGUGAACGUGAAAAGGCUGCAGUAGUUUCUCUUUUAUUUGCUGCAAAGGCUGCUGAUUUAAACACAAUCCGUCGUAUGUAUAUGCAGAAAGUUGAUUUGGAAAUGGCUGAUUAUGAUAAGAGAACAGCACUUCAUUUAGCUGCUUCUGAGGGUCACUUUGAUGUUGCUCUUUUUCUCUUAGAAAUUGGGAAGGUUAAACCGGAUCCGAAGGACCGGUCUAAAAUUUUCUCAUUAAAAUAUGUGAAGUAUUUAACAAUUGUAGGUGGAAUAGAACACCAUUAG